AUUGAAAUCUUUCUUAUUAAUUUCCCUCGAUUACGUUACAAUGGCUAGGAAUAAUUGUAGGGUGACUGGUAGUAGUGCUUAAGCGAUGGCUUCAAAUAAACACCACAUUUAAUAUUGAUCGUUGAUUUUUUAACAAUUAAUCCAAGCCGUCGAUUGCCCUCAUGCCUUUAUUAGGUUUCUACUUCUAAAUCCUGUUCCUGUUUUGUACAAAGGGGAAGAGAAUCCAAAACCAAUCUUGAAUUUUGAGAACCAAAUCUGUAGAGCCCUAAUACCCUUGCAAAAUUUUCUUCUUCUUCUUCUUCUUCUCCGGACACUUGAAGAUGCAUCCUCAAGGGCAGCAAUUCAGGCCAAGAACCUAUUUUCCACCGACCCAAGUUCCGUUCUUUCAAGUUCAACCACCGCAAAUGCAAAUGGAUCAUCCAAUGAUGCCCAACUAUAAUGAGACCCUGUAUUACCAAUACCGGUGGCUUCCUCAGCCACUUACCACCGUCAACGCUUCCCCUGCCUUCACCGACGCCCACUAGAACUCUCCUAAGUACGUUGCCCACGCACGUGAGUGAAACGACGGUCCGUACUGAUAAUACAAGUGUUUGGGGGAUGUGAAAUUGGUGCAGAUGGAGAGGUUGCAGGAAGGAAUCGUUACCGUUCACUUUUAUGAUUUGAAGCAUUUGGCAGAGGCGUUGCGUCGAUACAGAAUCAACACAUGCAGCAGCAGCACAGUUUGAGGCUAUAUUACACCGUUUUAGGGUCAGAGAAAUUUCCCCCACCGUUUGGCAUGAAGAAGAGCUGAGUUUGAACUUUGAAGGGUUUGUCACAGAUAUACUCUGAUGUAUAAAAACAUAAGGAAGGAAAGUAGGAGAGAGGGAAGGAGGCAGGAAGAGAGAGAAAGCACCUGAGUCACUGGCAUGUCCUCUGUCGAAGAAGACAUGACGACAUGCUGAGAAGAUGAGAGUAAAGCGAUUUGACCAACAAGUCAGUUGGUAAGGUAAACCGAGAUAGCAAGUAAUCGGUUGAAAAAAAGAACGAUUCAAAUUAUAUAAGAUCAACGGUCAAAACUAAAUUGAUGCUUGUAUGAAACAAACGCUUAAGCGCUGCUACCUUUAAGCCAGCCAUAAUUGUAUCACAAAUAGCUGCACAUCAGUUUCCAGUUGAGUACAAUGAUUCAGACGAAUACCAAUACAAUUAUAACUGCCACUCCCUCAGACAUUCUUUUGAGUUCUGACCCAUGCAGUAAUGUCCCCUAUGAUAAUGUUUAUUGUCUAUACCAAAGAGAGGUAACACUAUAAGAACUUAUAUCCGACUCGGCAGAGAGGGGUUUCGUACUCCGACUCGGAUGGGUCUCUCAUCCGUUGCAGAAGGAGCCUAAGAGGAACUAUGGUGAUUUUGGGCGGAAGGUGGGAUUUCUUCAGAGUCGUCCCUUGAUCUUCCGGUGACACGGCAGCCACCGACGAAAAAGGAACAUGCUUUCUCACAUAAGCUUACGUGGUCGAAAAUGGAGACAUCGAAAUGUAUAUGAACACCAAGAGAUUCCCAGCUUCCAGACAAUUGUCUCUUUCGAAAUGUGACCAUCCAUUAUGAAUCACAACUCCUCUUGGCUCUUGACUAACGCCACUUUCCAAAUCUUCCAAGCAGGACCUUUCAAACUAACAGUACCGGAGAGCUCCUUCACAUUCUGAGCGAACUUAUUGGGGAUGCUCUGCAAUUAACAUACGAUAGAACACUGAAGUCAUCAUCAUCAAGACAGAGAAUAUAUAGAGGUAAUUUGGAUUUACGAGCUGUCGAUCAAAACCCUGGGGCAGAAUCUGGGAGAAUCACGUCUCCUCCAUUUUGUGCUUACUACGAAGAAGAAGAACACUGAAACAAGGAAGAAGGAUAAAAGGGAAAGGGAAGCACUAAAGAGGAAAAGAGCAUGAAAAGGGUUGUUUAGGUUGACCCCAGUUCCCAGUUCCCAGUUCCCAGUUCCCCAGAAAAGGGGGAAAAAAAAUAUAAAAAAGCCAUCUCCAUUAGAAAUCUCUGAUGAUCUCUGUAUCAUCAUCAUCAUCAAUUCAAGCUUCAAGCUACCGAAUUUCAGAUUAAACUCAAUGAAGUCGAUAGCCCACCAAGCUCCACCUUACGCUUCUAUCCUUCACGGGCUAAGAGGACUGAAGCCCCUUCAACAAGUUCACACCCACAUAAUUACAUUGGGUCUUGCCAACAACGUCUUUCUUGCAAACAGAUUGAUGAACUGUUACGCAUCUUCUGGUCUAAUGGCCGUGGCGGAGCAGAUUUUCCGUCGAAUUAAGAAUAAAAAUGUGGUUUCAUGGACGAUUUUGAUAUCUGCAAUGACCAAAUAUGACCUCCAUAUGGAAGCUUUUGAGAUCUUCUGCGAGAUGAAGAAGAGUGGGUUCCUGCCCAAUGCUGUUACCAUCACGAGCAUCCUACCUGCCAUUGGUAACUUGGGUUUGACUCAGAUCGGGAAAUCAUUGCACUGUUUCUUGCUUCGAUGUCACUUGGAUGUCAAUGUCUUUGUAGAAACAUCUCUCAUUUAUAUGUAUUCGAGAUUUGGUUGCAUAAAUGCUGCUCAGAGGCUGUUCGAUAGAAUGCCCAACAGAAACGUUGUUUCAUGGAAUGCUCUUAUUUCAGGCUAUUCCCAUAAUGGCUUUGGGGAAGAGGUUAUUUGUCUUUUUAAGUUGAUGCAGAGAAAUGGGUUCCCUGCUGAUUUUAUGACAAUUAUGACCUUGAUAUCGGGUUUCUCAAUUUUAGGUUCUAUACAGGCAGGGACUGCGAUUCAUGGUUACACAAUUAAAAAUGGAUCUGAGAAUGACAAGCUUGUUAAGACUGCUCUAAUUGAUAUGUAUGUAAAGUGCAGGUGCAUUGGACAUGCUUAUAGAGUAUUCACUGAGAUUCCAAUGAAGGAUGUGGUUACAUGGACAUUGAUGUUAUCGAGCUUUUCAGAUUUUGGAUACUGGAAUAAGGCUCUAGAACUUUUUAAUGAAAUGAUGCGCAUAGGCAUGGUGGCUUUAGAUUCUGUUGCUUUGAUGGGUAUUCUAUCAAGCUGCAGCAGGUCUGGAGCUCUACAACAUGGCAGACGGAUUCAUGCACUUGCAAUAAAAACAGGUUUUGGAGAGGAUACCUUUGUAGGAUCCACACUUAUAGACAUGUAUGCAAAUUGUGGGGACCUGGAAAACGCAAGAAAUUUAUUCGAAGGUAUGGAGGGAAGGGACAUUGCAUGCUGGAAUGCGAUGAUUUCUGGUUGUGGGAUGAAUGGUUAUGGCAGUGAUGCAAUUGGUCUCUUUUUGCAAAUGACGGGUUCUGGCUUAGAGCCUGCUAAUUCAACUCUACUGUGUGUCCUUUGUGCAUGCAGCCACUCUGGAAUCGUUGAUCAAGGGCUCCACAUUUUCAAUUGUAUGGUUAAAGAUUGGAGUAUAAAGCUGAAUUUGCAACAUUAUGCUUGUGUGGUUGAUCUCCUUGGCCGUGCUGGGCGAUUACAAGAUGCUCAUUCAUUUAUAAAUAACAUGCCUUUGCAGCCUGAUUCUGAGGUUUAUGGGGCAUUGCUUGGUGCUUGCAGAGUUCAUGGAAAUAUAGACUUGGGGCUACAGAUUUCACAAAAGCUCUUUGAGUUAGAUCCUGAUGAAGCUGGUUACUACAUCUUGCUUUCAAACAUGCAUGCUACUGCUGGAAACUGGGAGGCUGCCAUGACAACCAGAGUAUCGUUGAGAUCAAAGGGAUUGAAGAAGACCCCAGGCUUAAGUUCAAUUGAGAUAGAUAGAGAGAUUCAUACAUUUAUGGCAGGAGAUAGAGAUCACCCCCAGUACCAUGAAAUUUAUAGGAUGUUAAAGGGCUUGAUUACAAAGAUUGAAGCAGCAGAAUAUGUACCUGACACCAAUUGCGUUUUCCAGGAUCUACCAGAUGAGAUAGAUAAAUUACCUGUAUCACCAUUGCGAGAAGCUAGCUAUAUCUUGGGUUAAUGAGAACCCAACCUGGUACAACCAUUUGGAUAGCAAACAAUCUUCACACCCAUAAUGAUUGUCAAAAAGUGAGCAUUUUUAUCUCCAAGGCCUCUAGCAGAGAAUGAGUCAUAAAAGAUGCAAAUCGCUUUCACUUUUUUCAAGAUGAAGUCUGCUCUUGUAAAGAUUAUAGGUUGCUUUGAGAACAACACAUGCCAAUUGAUCCUGUACUAAUCUAAUCAGGAUUUUACGACAAUAUGUGGGAAUUCGGUAUAGCAGCUCGUGUUCAUUUGCACUGUUCAUUCCUACUGCUUUAUUCAUGUGGCAUCCUCAUGGAAUAUGGAGGUUUCUUGAUUCAUUUGUGGGAAAUUUUGUUCAUCCAUGUAGGAGGAUGACUACGACAACAACCAUAACCUUAUCCCAACUUGAUGGGGUCGGCUACAUGGAUCCGAUAAGGUCUAAGAUGCAAGUAGGAGGAUGACUAUGUAGUGUUAAGUGCACUGAUUGAUCUGUCUAUUUAAUCACGAGAUACACAACAAGAUCUUCUGAGCCAAAAAGGGUAGAUCAGGUCAUUCUGGCAUUUUAGCAGUUGUUAGUUGGGUGGUCAGAAGCAAUUGUCUGUGAAAGAUCCCCCCUGAGGGGGAGCAGCUUGAAGAUGCAGCCAGAUGGCAUUUUCCUGAAUGAGAUGAAAACAGUUGCUCUUCCCUCAUCCUCUGUCAUUCCUACAAGAUAGUAGAUUUUAAUCACUUGAAGCAGCGGAUGAUUGACAUGGAGAAUUGUAGAGAAAGGAAAGAGAGUAAGAAGGCAACUUGAAAGGUUUUCUUUAUCCCGUCUACAUAUCUAUAUAUUUCUUUAUUUUGUCAUUCUAAAUUUUUUCCAAAUAUCUCCUUAAAAAAUAUGUUGUUAAAGGCUAGGGCCUAGGAGAGCAAAGCUAAUUGAAGCUUUAAUUCAGUUUCCGUUUACAGCUCAAUAAGUUGAUAAAUUAUGGCAAGCAUACGCAUUGCUUUUCGCUUUUGGUUUUUGAGGACUGUCUGUUUAGGUAUAAGUUGAAAGUAAAUUCAGCUUCCUAUUUGCCAUUUUUCCCUCAUGAAUUUCCAUUGCUCUUAUCCAGGAAUUACCUUCAUCAUUAUUUCUGUUGGCAAUCUGUUAACGACUCAUCCUAUUCUUCCAAAACCCAACAGCAUUCCUGCAAUCAUCAGUAGCAAUAGAAUGAGCUGCUAGAACAUCUUUUUCCUUUUGUAUUAUUGUUCAUAUAAUGAUCUUUUUUUUCUGGUGACUAGAGAUGAUAUUAUAUGCUAUAGCUCAUAUAUAUUUCAUUUUUGAAAUUUAGUGGGCGAGCCUAUGGCACAACGGUUAAGUUGCACUAUUGCAACAUGUUGGUCACAGGUUCAAAACUUGGAAACAACCUCUUCUGUGAAGCAGGGGGUAAGGCUGCGUACACCUGCCCCUCCCAGACCCUGCAGUAGUGGGAGCCUCGUGCACUGGGUUGCUCUUUUUAGUAACUGUUAGAUUUCUUUCUUGGCUGUGGUAUCUGGUUAAUGAACUGGCAUGGAGGCUUUGUGUGCUUCCUUAAAUCUUACCCUAUGUUAUGCACUUGUCUUGCACUAUUUGUGAGAUUCUCAUACCAUUCAUCUGUAUAUGCCAUGCGCGGUGGGAACAGGACUGAUCAAUUGUUCACAUGUUGCAAAAAGCUGCCUAUCGUACAAGUAAAUACAGAAAUAUUGGAGCCAAUUGAUGCUUUCUGCCACUGGAUGGAUUAAAAGUGCAGGUUCUUCCUACACGAAGAAUAUUGAAAUAUGUUUCUCUUAAUGCGAAACAUGGUUGGAUGUGCUGUAAACAGGCCUUGAUGUUUUCAGUAGCCCUGUAUUUUUUAUUUUUUAUUUUUUUUUGGGAGGAGGGGGGGGGUGUGGUGGUGGUCUUAAUUUGGAUGUUGGUCUCAACAAAUACAAAUGCAAUAAGACAGUCCAUGUGAGCAUUUUUUUUUUAAUGAAAUGUGGAGCAUAUAAAUGGGAUCAAAAUCCACAUUUUUUGGACCUCAGAGGCUAAUACAUGGUUGGAUGUGCUAUUCACAAUACUA